GCGGCCGGACGCACCGUCCCCGAUCUCCGUGCUCCGGUCAUGGCGACGCCGCGAGCCGCCAUACUCGUCUCGCUCCUUGUCGCGCUCUGCUGCUGCUCGUCUCCCGGGGCAGUGUUCGCGCGGAGGAGCGGCGGUGGCGCGAGGGAGGAAGAAGGGUCGGCAUUGCGCAGCCGCGCGCCGUACGUGGACGAGGUGAAGUUCGACUUCACGCCGUUCCUGAUCCAGUACCGGAGCGGGCGCGUGCAGCGGCUGAUGGGCACGAGCGUGGUGCCGCCGUCGCUGGACGCGCGCACGGGCGUCGCCUCCCGCGACGUGGUGAUCGACCGGGCCACGGGCCUCGCCGUCAGGGUCUACCGCCCGAGCCAGAGCCGUACCGGCAACAAGAAGCUGCCCGUGCUCCUCUACUUCCACGGCGGCGCGUUCGUGGUGGAGUCGGCCUUCGGCCCGGCCUACCACGGCUACCUCAACGCGCUGGCGGCGAGGGCGGGCGUCAUCGCGGUGUCGGUGAACUACCGCCUCGCGCCCGAGCACCCGCUCCCGGCCGCCUACGACGACUCCUGGGCGGCGCUCCAGUGGGUCCUCUCCAGCGCGCGGAACGGCUCGCGCUCCUCCUGGCUCGCCAGGCACGGGGACGUGUCCCGCCUCUUCGUCGGCGGCGACAGCGCCGGCGGCAACAUCGCGCACAACCUGGCGAUGCGCGCGGGCGGCGGCGAGCAGAGCCUUCUUCUAGACGGCAGCAACGGGCGGAGCAUCGUCAGGAUCAGGGGCGUGGCGCUGCUGGACCCGUACUUCCUGGGCGCGCGCGCGGACCCGUGGGCGGAGCGGACGUGGGGGUUCAUCUGCGCGGGGCGGUACGGGACGGGCCACCCGUACAUCGACCCGGCGGCGCUGCCGGCCGGCGCGUGGCGGCGGCUGGGCAGCGCGCGCGUGCUGGUGACGGUGUCGGGGCGGGACCGGCUGGGCCCGUGGCAGCGCGGCUACGUCGGCGCGCUCCGGGGCAGCGGAUGGGGCGGGGAGGCGCGGCUGUACGAGACCCCCGGCGAGGGCCACUGCUUCUUCCUCAACUACCUCGCGUCGCCCAAGGCCGCCAUGCAUAUGGCCACGCUCGCCGACUUCGUUAACCAAGCCUAGGCUUCGAGCUCUUGGUCGAUCGGCGGCGCGGUAACUCGGGGAGACGGUUAUAUACAUAGCGUAAUAAGUACAGUAGUGAGAGCGUGUGUUACUGCCGCCUCUGUUUCGUUGUUUGUAACGGCAGUGACAGAUGGCUUUGUUCGCCGCGGCCGGAGAAUGCACUGUAUUCCUCCCGUGCCACCAUUGUUGAACUUCGGAACAGAUAUAUGGAUGGCUCCAUCGAUUUCGGCUUGCCCCAAGUU